ACAUCAGUAAUUCACAGUAGCUUUGAACAGGGCCCAUGUGUCCAGUCCACUGGAAAACUAGGGACCCUGGCAGUUUUACAGAAAGACACUGCUAGUGCUCUUUUCUUCAGAAGUUAUGUGUCAUAAACCACCUUGGAUGGCAGGAUAGAUCAGAGGGGACAUCCUUCUAACAGCACUAUGAGAUCAACUGACACUUUCUCUCUCACUGGCUUUUUAAUCUUCUGUGUAGAACUAACUUGCUUCACUGCAGGUGUCCCACAUCCAACCAAAGUGAAACCUGGUAUCUGUCCAUACACUGAUGCCAUCUGUCAUGAAGGACCUCUUGGAAAUCAAUGCAAGCAAGAUGACCAGUGUCCGGGUGCAAGGAAAUGCUGUAUUAGCUCUUGCGGGCAAGCCUGCUUGUUACCAGAGAAUGUGAAAGUUGGAACCUGUCCAGUGCAAUACACAGUUUGUCGAGCAGCCUUUGAUGUAUGUGAGAAGGAUGAUGAAUGUCCAGGAAUAAAAAGAUGCUGUGAGGGUAAUUGUGGGACAGUGUGUCGCACACCAGAAAAAGAAAAACCAAAGAAAUGCCCAAAAGAGAUUAUAAGAUGUCCAACUAAAGGGCAAUAUGAAUGUAAUAAUGACUCUGAGUGCAGAAAAAAUAAAAAAUGCUGCUUCACAAAAUGUGCCUUGCACUGCGUGGAACCACAUUAA